AUGCUAGAAUUUGAAGGUGAAAAGAAUGCUAACCCCAAUAAAGUGGCCUUUGAGAGUGUGCUUCCCCCGGUUUCCUGUGAAGCGCUGCCUGUGACUCCAAGUGUCUUGAUCUUCAAAGCUCCCCUUGGCCCUGAGCCUGCCCUGGGAGCCACCUACGUCCCAGAUGUGGGGGAUGCGCUGAAGAAGGUGCUGUCGGGAAGUAGUUGGGCACUGGGAAUGAUGGAUUCCGGGGAGUGUGAGUUUCAGGAGGCAGACAGUGAAUUUGGGAUUGCUUGGGGGCACCGUGUCAGGCUGGAGAAACUGGCUGAGCCGCUGGGAGGAAUCUGCCCCGACCUGCUGCUAGACUUUGAUUCUCUCUCCAAGGAUGACGUCUAUGAAAAUAAUCGCUUGGCCUUUGAGUUGGCAGAGCGGGAGCUGGGCAUCCCAGCCCUGCUGGAUCCCAAUGAUAUGGUCUCCAUGAAAGUCCCCGACUGCCUCAGCAUCAUGACCUAUGUGUCUCAGUACUACAACCAUUUCAACAACCCCAGCCAAGCCAGCGUCCCUCCGCCUAUGAAGCGACCAGCUGCUGCCUCCUCUCCCCCUCUGCUGUCCCGCAAGACGCCCGUGGCUGCAGUUGAGAGUCCUUCAGCACCACAGGAGGAUGUCCCCUCGGAGCGCCGCCAGCGCGGCGCGCUCAGCAGCACCUGCGCAGCCUGCCAGCAGCACGUCCACCUGGUGCAGCGCUACCUGGCCGAGGGCAGGCUCUACCACCGCCAGUGCUUCAGAUGUAAGGAGUGCUCCAGCACACUGCUCCCAGGGUCAUACAAGCCUGGGGCAGAGGCAGGGACUUUCGUCUGCACGCAGCACCGUGGUAAAUUGGCCGUGAGUGGGAAGGCAGAGAGGAGGCACAGCCCAGAGCGACAGUCAGCAGAGCUACGAACUGAGACUGGGGCUGGCAGCAUGGAAGAGAAUGCCCUCCAGGCAGCAGCAGAGGUGGGGAAGGAUGAUGGUGACUCCCAGGAGAGUGUGGCAGAGACCCCUGCACUGACAGAGAGCCCUGCACCUGCAGAGAGCCCUGCUGGCCCAGCAGAGAAGGACAGCACAGCCAGCAAAGCGGAGACACCCACACCCCCUGCUCACGCUGGCAGUGGGGCACCUGCCUCCCAAACUCCCCCCAGGCCUCCAAUCCCCAGCAAGCCUGCAGGGCUCGCCCAGGACAAAGCCAGCACGCUGGAUGGACGGCUCAGAGACCCACGCCCCACCCCAGCUCCAAGGAAGGCCACCGAUGUGUCUGCCCUCUCAGCUCCACCCUCCCAUCCUGUCCCCCGGCCCAGGUCCACUCUGCAGGGCGAGGGCAGCGAGUGUGGGCCCGCCAUGGUGAACGGUCGAGUACCUGAACCCAGCCCCCCAGUCCCAAAACCUCGAGGGAGACCCUGCUCCUCUGAUCGUGGUGGAGCUGCUGCAAGAGCCAAGGACCCACCAUGGAUGGCCUUAGUGCAAGCAGAGCCCAAGAAGAAGCCAGCUCCCCCUCCUCCCCCAGGCAACAACCAUGAGACUCCAAGUAGGACUUCAGAGGAGGAGGAUGGGGAGGAGCUGGGGAAAGCCAGGAGUGAGGAGAGCAGGUCUGAUACAACAGAGCCCAAACCAUACAACCCCUUUGAGGAAGAGGAUGAGGAGGAAGUGGAAAGUGCUGACACCCAAAAGAGCACACCUGAGCAGGAGCAGAGCGAGACUGCUGCCAAACCUCUCCACCCCUGGUAUGGCAUCACUCCUACCAGCAGUCCAAAGGCAAAGAAGCGGCCAGCUCCACGAGCCCCCAAUGCUUCCCCGCUAGCCCACCACCCCAUCUCCAGGCUGUCACACUCUGAGCCAUCAUCCUCCACCCCAUCUCCAGCCCUCAGCCUCGAGAGCAUCAACUCUGAGAGUUCUGCCAAGGUGCUGGGAGACACUGAUGAGGCCUCAGUGCCCAAAAGCUCCUCUGAGCCCACUGUGCACCUGCCAACAGCCGCCAAGACUUCCAGCGCGGAUGCACCGCUGGCCAGUGUCUCCUCCAGUGAGAGCCCUGCUGUCCCAGCCAGCCUCUCCACCAACUCCUCCUUCUCCUCCUCCAGCGAGCUGGCCAGCCUCAGUGGGGAGAUACAGCCCAGCACCCUGCACGCCAGCAGGAGCAUCUCCACUAGCAACCUAAAGACCAGCCCCAGCCGGCUGCCCCCCAAGCCUCCAGCUGGGGCUAGCCCUACACCCAUCCUCUUGGCUUCAGAUGGGGGUGCUGGGAGCCCCAAGACAUCUUCCUCACCCAAACCACAGCUGAAGUCUUCCUGCAAAGAGAACCCCUUCAAUCGGAAACCAUCCCCUGCUGCCUCCCCCUCGGCAAAGAAACCUCCCAAGGGCUCCAAGCCUGUGCGUCCUCCUGCACCAGGCCAUGGCUUCCCACUGAUCAAACGCAAGGUGCAGACAGAUCAGUACAUCCCUGAGGAAGACAUCUAUGGGGAGAUGGAUGCCAUUGAGCAUCAGCUGGAUGAGCUGGAGCACCGUGGGGUGGCCUUGGAGGAAAAACUGCGCAGUGCUGAGAAUGACAACCCUGAGGACAGCCUGCUUGUGGAUUGGUUCAAACUCAUCCAUGAGAAGCACAUGCUGGUGCGCCACGAGUCAGAGCUCAUCUACAUCUUCAAGCAGCAGAACCUGGAACAGCGGCAGUCAGACGUGGAGUAUGAACUGCGGUGCCUCCUCAACAAGCCAGAGAAGGACUGGACCGACGAGGACCGAGGGAGGGAGAAGGUGCUGAUGCAGGAGCUGGUGACCAUCAUUGAGCAGAGGAAUGCCAUUGUGAACUGCCUGGACGAGGACCGGCAGAGAGAAGAGGAGGAGGAUAAAAUGUUGGAAGCCAUGAUUAAAAGGAAAGAGUUUCACAAGGAGACGGAGACCGAGAGCAAGAAGAAAGGCAAAUUCAAGCCCAUGAAGGUGCUUAAGCUGCUGGGUAACAAGCAUGACUCCAAGAGCAAGUCACCCAAGGAGAAAAGCUAGAGCAGGGGAACACCAGCAGUGCGAGGGAACCCUGACUCACCUCUCGCUGGCCCUGGCUCGCCUCUCCCCCUGCUCCCUCCCCAGCACCAGAGCUGCCAUCCCAGGGAGAUGCCAGCCCUCAGCCCAGAGCGGGUGAGAAUGACCAAAGCCCUCCCCUUCCUGAGGCUGUGGGGGAAGAUGACCAUAUCCUCCGUGAAGCCUUGUUAACAAGGUGGGGAGAAGAUGGAUUUGCUUUUCAGAUAUGUUACCCAAUUGUAACAUAUCUGAAUAUGUUACAUAUCUCUUUUCAUUAACUGAGAACAAGCAGAGUUUCGUGUUUGUGGGAAAACUUGCACUAACUGCACCCCGUCCCUUCUCCCGCUCUAACUGUGACAGUUCCACGUGCCUCUGACUUCUGCCAGGAAGGGACUGGGCCUCCCUGUCCCUCCCUGUCCCUCCCUGUCCCUCCCUGUCCCUCCCUGCCUGCCCACUCUUGUCCCUUUUCUGCCCAUUUUUAACUUCAGGAGAAAACUGACAUUAGAAUCAGGAUCCUUUGGGUUUUACUUGCCUAAACUAAAAGGUUAAGAAAAUACUUCUGCAUCACAAGGCCCUAGAGCCAUAGCCAAAAAAACAACUGGUGCCCUAUUUAUUUUGAGCUGUCCCCUCCCUCGAGUGCCAGGGGUGGGUGGGCUCCGUCCCAAGGCUGAGAGGACCCAAGGGGAGGCAUACAGCUGCUAGGAUGUAGCUCACGUGCCCUACUCAGGAACCCCACUGCUGCUAAACACUGCUGACUCUGCUGCCUUCCUGGGGAGGGAGGACCUGUUCCUUUCCCAGGCAAAGGUAGAAAAGCUCAAGAUUGACUGAGUGCGGGUGAGGGGCACUAAGCUUGUGUCCCUGCUCACUAGUGCCACCCUUGAGCGGCAGGGGAGAGAGGCGUGGUCACAACUGACCUUUACCCAGCUUCAUCUGUGUAUACUUUAAAAGUGUGCAGAUGUGGAUGGUUAUUUUUUACACCUCCUUUACUAGAUGAAUUCAAACCUAUCCUAAAACUUUAAACCCCUUAUUUUAUUUGUCAUGUGUGUGCGUGUGUGUACAUCAGAGGAGGGAAGGGGGGGGGCAGUGUUCUUCCAACCAUCCCUUCUUCCUUACAUUUUUGUUUCCUGCCUUCACUUCCAAGAUGAUGAGUUAUUUAUUGAAUUAUUGGAUCAGUCUGAAUUAGAGUUUCAUGGGUGUUUGGUUGGUCAGCUAUUCAUGCCUUCUCAUUAGCAAAUUAGACAUAACCAGCCCUGAGCCAUCUGCUGCAGUUUCUUCUACAAACCCAACAGGCUUUAGCCAAAAUGCUCUCGGAGCAGUGCCUUGCAAGGUGGCUGGUGUAGCAUUCUGGAGAGGGAUCCUCACUUCCCAAAACCAGAGGGACCCAAGCCCCUCCUCAAUCCCAGCGUGGCCCCAUGGCUGGGAGCUGCCCAGCUCAGCCCUGCGCUGGUAAUGCCAUCUCACCUUUGCCAUACCCAGCAGGCUGAUGGGGAGCAGUGGUAGGGGAGGGGGGAUCCCAAAGCACAACUCUUCUCCAAGGAGAAACAAAUCUGCUUUAGAGCCUGCUCUAGCAUCACUGUUGCCAAAGGCCAUUGGGAUUGCUGCAGCUGACACCCCUUGGCCGUGUGCCCGGUCAGAAGUUUGAUUUGUAAAUUAUACUGUACUAACUCCAUGACUUCCAUUCACCUGAACAGAAA